AUUCUUCCUUGUUUCUGUAUUUGUAGUCUUCUAAAUGAUGUGCUUAAGGAGCAAGUCUUGUUCUUGUGGUGCUUGAGAUUGAGUUCCAAGCCUCAUGUACUGGGCAGCAUUGAACCAUUGAGCUGUAUUCCCGACUCAUGAACACAGUGGUCAGCAUGUGGUGAGAAGUAGAAGUUCUUACGCUCCUUCCUGUCAUGAGAAUGUGUUUUAUUCUAGGAUGGAAGAUUUGACAAACCCUGAGGACAUCCGCACAAACAUCAAGUGUGACCGAAAGGUGUCUCUUUAUGGUUAUUUACGAGGAGCCUACCUGAAAAAUAACAGCCAGGUUCACAUGCCAGGCGUAGGAGAUUUUGCUGUCAGCGAUGUCAGUUUUCUCCCAGACCCCUGUGCUCUUCCGGAACAGCAAAAGAAGCGCUGUUUGAAUGAGAAGGAGAAGCUGGUCUAUGCGCCGCUCUCUGGAGUUGGGGGUGUGCUGUAUGACAAGGAUGCUGUCUAUGUCGACCUCGGUGGGAGCCAUGGCUUUCAGUCAAUG